CCCACCCCCCCUCCCUCCAGGACCAUCCAUACUCACUCCAUCACUCUCUCCUUCCCUCUACCCUGAAUGCUCUAGUGUCCUGCUUUUUGUCGGUUGGCCAACCCGACUAGUCCAACGGGGUGGAGUCGCUGCAGCGGAUGCCUAAUCUAUGGCGCGCAUGUGGGCACCAGGGACCUCCAGGAUAAACACGGCCUUUUCCCCCUCUGCGCUUAUUGUAUGAUGUUCCUGUGGGUGGUGGCGCCAAGUCGUGUUCCGUCGAUUCCAUCACGCUCUAGACCCACACCUUGGGUGCUUUGAGUGCGUGCAAGGCGCGGCGUAUGUUGAUGGCGAAUUACACUUGUCUAGUGGGUAUAAGUGAGGGGUGCUAGUUUCCGCUGUUGCCUUAAUAGCCGCCACGAUGGGCGUUAUCGUGCGGGACCCCGGCCUUGGCGAGGUCGGAGCCAAGGUUUUGGUUCGGAGAGAUGAGAGUGGCUACGGUGAGAGUGAGAUCAAAACGAGCUGUUGUUUUGUUGACGUUGGGCCAUCAAGGUCGAAACUUGUGUUUUGCUAUUGGCCUGCGUUGCGCGUGGUAUCAUUCUCACUACCUCGCUCUUUCUUGUGACAGUUUGGUUUCCAAUCCAAACCUCUCUCUCGUUCAUUGCUCAACCACCUAGCCCACCUUCUCCCUUAUAGCAUCCUCCUAUGGCUCGGCCCAGCUCCUCCUCCUCCUCGUUGCAUGACCUUCCUGAUGACGUUCUGGUACUCGUCUCGGCUUGCAUUGAUUACCGCGAUCUGCUGCACCUCAGCUUCACGUGUAAGAAGCUGCACGAGUUGUGCACCUCUUCAAACAAGCUAUGGAUGCCGCACUGCCGCAUGGCGAUGCUGCCAUCGCAACCUCCGCAGGACCUGCUUCCACACUGGCGAUCUGCAGUCGAGUCGGCUAAGGCUCUACUGCGGUUCUUAAUCGCUGUGAAACCCUUGAUAGGUAUUUGGGUGCAUCAGAACCCGGAGUUGGGAAAUUUGGUUUAUGUAACGUGGGGGUUCGUGUCCGUGGUCGCAUGUCGCAUUAUUCCACAGGAGCUCGGCCCGCAGGGCUUCGACUCCGGGCUUCUCUGGGCACCUGUUUUUGAAAUUCUGGCCAAUCGCGAUGGCACAUUGGUCUUCUUCCUUCACGGCCGGGAGAGGGAUCGUAACUUUCUCUAUCCUGGGCGUUUCAAGGCAUCCAGCCGGAAGCCCAAUGUGCUGUUGCUGGAAGCAGAGCCUCUCCUCAAAACUAUCCAUUUGCGGGAGUCUCCCUCGUUUGAUUCCACCGGAGAAGAUUCAGGCGGAGAGGAUCAAGUGACGAUCUUCUGCAAAGGAUCCAUGGGGAAGAAGAAAGCUGUUGUCGCUGCGGAUCCAGUCCCUUUCCAUCGCCUUGCAUUCGGUGACAGGAGGCGGUUGCUGGAAGAGUUGGCUCCACAAGUUCGCGUGCCGAUUCCACCGCAGGCCACAUCGGGGCCUGCGUUUCUCUCAUCCCAAGAAAGAAAACCCUCACUGGCCACGGACGAUGGCUUCCAACGACAAAUUGGCCUCAUGUCUGAGAGAAGGAUAGCAAUGUUGAGAACUUAUGCAAAUUCGACUGAACCAGGCUCACCCUAUAGGGGCGUCGAUUCUGCUACCCUAGUGAGAAGUAUGUGUGCCGCUGCGGAAAGUUUAGACGCCAUCGCCAAGACAUCGUCAACAAGUGACAAGCCGGCCUCCACAGUACAAAAUCGGGUAAAUGCUAAUUGUGCGUCUCCCUCAUCCGGACCUCAAAGUGAUGGAUCUUUGAAGAAAAUGGGAUUUGCUCGAUUUUUGAGAAGCAAACUUAAGCAAAUAGUGGGUAAAAAUGGAAUUCAGGACUCUUCCAGGGUUAAUUCGCCCAGUGCUUCCGAAAUGAAGCGGUUGCAGCUUCAGGAGUUUUUGAAGCAAGAGAAGGCUGUCGGUCUACGAUUGCAGGCAACGAGCUGGCGGUUGAGUUUUUACCGUGCAUGGCCCAUCAUGCACGACAACAGGUUUGCGCUGUACAAGAUUCCGGUGCAGAAGCAGAGUGAGGGCCGAGAGCAUGCAGGGCUCUGGGGAGGAACGUUUGGUUGGCCUCUUGGUCGCCCGACUCAGGAAAAGCUUGGGGUGCCCUUGUUCUUCCUGCUCCUUUCGUACGAUGAGAAUGAAGAGGGUCUGCACUUGAUCGCUACCAAGAUCCUGGAAGGCACACAUUAUGUGUUGCACCCUAAUGGAUCUGCAAUGUUCACAGCUAAGAUUAACGAGCCUUCCUCUGAGGAAUUCCCAUUCGACAUGAAAUCCGAGGGAUGUGCACUCGACAUUGUGAAGACCUCUCAGGGAGAAGGGAUUGCCAAUGGUUAUGGAUUCCGCUAUCCAGGUUCGAAGCCAGGUGACUUGUUUGAGUUUCACAAUGGGGCGUUGGCUUUUGUGUGGAGGGAAUCACAGGCAGUCUUGUCAUUGCAAAGGAUGGAUCUGCAAUCUUUGCUGGAGAAAGGGGAGAAAGUGACGGCCCUUCCACCUAUCUCCAACUUUGCAUACCUUACCAAAUCGUACUCAAAUGUGUUUGCGGGCUAUUGUGGCCCUAUGGCGACGGCCGAGAGGAAGUAAGUACUGGAGCGAUCUUUCGAAUACACACAGGACAUUCAAAAUAAAACAAGGUCUAAUAAAUUCUGUGGAGGUCCUGAGGAGGCAGUUUUUUGAAGUGGAGAACAACCAUGAGUGCUUCUGUCUAGAUAUAUUAGGCUGAAGGAGGAGGAGGUGGAAGAGAGACAUCAGGUUUACUAUGGUGGAGCAAAUAAUUAUUUGAUGGAUGCUACACAUGAAAUUGGAACGGUGUCUUUGCAUCUAGCGUGUGGCACUGGAGCCUACGAAGUUGAAAAGUUCGGUUAUGUACCAUAUAUUAUGCAAUUUACUAUCUUUCUACAAUCGGAUCUGAUUGUCUAAGAUUAAACUACAGCAUUAGCCCUCAGUACCUUUGGAAGAGUUGUAAGACGCAUAGAACUGGGUAUUUUACUUCUCGCCACCAACCACCGUGGACUUGAACUAAUCGUCAGUGAGCUAGUAAUGGAGGGAACCUGCUCACCACAGAGUUAGAGACUUGGGUUUCAAAACCUAGAGCGACCGUGGUGAUCACCUCAUUCGGAGCUGAGUGAGCCAUCUUCAAAGCAGCUGCGCAUCACACCAAUCCGAGCUGCAAUUAACUUGUGCUACGAAGAGCAAUGGAAUGGAAGAACAGUCGCCCCAUAUUCAAUAGUAACCAGCCCGACAGUUCAACGCAGCAAUGUACCUGAUGGAUCAAAGCUAUUGACAGGUUUUUCAUCAGGUUUGGAACAGCUCCUUGCACUAAUUCCGAUUCCAAGAGAGUACUUAUUAGUGUUAUAUGUGGUGUCCACGCUAUUCCACAACGUCGAGGCUAUUUCAAUUUUUAAGUAAAUAGAUGGCUGAUAGUUCUGAUACAAAGCUCAUCAAUCCAAAUUAUUUUUGAGAUUCUUUCUGGUCAUUGAGGGUAAAGUUUCUUGGGUUUGUUAUGGAUGCCAGUGCUGGAGAUAUAAUCCUCUCCUGCACUUGUAGACUUUCUUUGUGAAUUUUUUUCCUGAGCUAUUUACCAUCAUAUUGACUUAUUUAUAUUGUUA